AUGAUAGAGUGGUUUUAUACAUUUUGGGAGAACACUUUACAGGAUCGCGAUACUGGAUCGUUACAGUACCAAGAAGUAGAGAAGGCCCUGAAGCUUAACUAUGGAUUACCUGAAACGAACUUCUUUGCUGUAGAAAAGCUAAUACAUAGCCACCAGGAGGGAUCUGUUCACGAUUAUAACGUUGCAUUUAAAGAAGCCUUAAGAAAUGUACAGCUAUCCGAACAAAUAACGGAGAAAUUAUCCUUAUGGUUUUAUCUAAUAGGACUUAAAGAAGAUGUGAAGCUGGACGUUUAUUGCAAACGACCCAAAAAUUAUUUGGAAGCAAUGAGACGAGCAAUCAACUGGGAUUAUAUUUUCCUCCCAGAUGGAAAACGCUCUUACGAUACCGUCCAAGGUAACAACGAAAAUUGCCGAAGAUCAGGUUACAAGAAAUUCAAGGGUUUUACGAAGAAUAAGAAUAAGCAAUGUUUCAAAUGUAAUAAAUUAGGUCACUUCGCAAAGGAUUGCAGGUCUAAAAAUGCAAACUUCACCUAA